AAAUCCAUACAUAUCUUGAUCAUCCAAUACCAGGGUAGCCAUAAUCUGCUUAAAGAGUUUCUCAAUCAAUUGCUUACUGCUUCUGGAAUCACGUACUAGAGUCUCUGGCACGGUGGACAGAGGGAUACCUGAGCAAGACAGCCGGGAGUUUAGAUCCUGCCUUUGCCAUGAAGAUAAACCCUAAAAAUACGCCUCGCUUAAUCUUCUUAGAGGGCUUGUGAUAGGACAUACACAGAGUCAGAGAGCAGCUUAACACCUGGCAUCCAAAAGAACUUCGGCUCUGCUGUGUGAUUUCUACCUCAGAUUGUCGUGUGAAGUCUCUGCAGGAUGAACAGGUCGGCUCUUCUGAACCUCAACAAUCUGGGGAAGAUCUGCGGCUCCAGCCACAGCAAUGACAUGGUGGUGCUGGACCGGGUGAAGAGGAAGAACUCCGUGAGGCGCAUGUCGAUCAUAGAAGAUGGGGAGCUUGCGGAGGUCCUCUACCUGAUUCCCAAGCGCUCCAUGAUGGAGCAGCUGCCCUUCAUCAACCCAGAAGACUACAUCCUGUGUGAAAAGCUGGCAGGAAUUCCUGCCGAGCUGUCAGUUCUGCAUAUUCAAGAUGGCAGCCAGCCCCGUCCCAUGGCAGAAAAACAUGGCGUCCACUGUUUCAGAUGCAGGGGCUCAUGCAAAGGAGAAGUGCUGAGAGUGCAGAGCAGCUACUUCCACAUCAGGUGUUUCACAUGCAAAGUGUGUGGCUGUGACUUGGCCCAAAGUGGCUUCUUCAUAAAGAACGGGGAGUACCUCUGCCCACUGGACCACCAGCGGCUUCAUGGCACGCUGUGCAACAACUGUGGAGAAUUUGUGGAAGGGGAGAUGGUGACGGUCUUAGGAAAAACCUACCACCCAACCUGCUUUGUGUGCAGCAUUUGCAAGCAGCCUUUUCCUGCCGGGGACUGCGUCACCUUCAGGGGAAAGGACUGCCUCUGUCAGCGCUGCGUUGAGCCGGUAUCUCCUCCUAAUCAGAUCAACUACCCCAAUUACUGUGCAGGCUGUGGUAGAGACAUCAAGAAUGGCCAGGCUCUGUUAGCUCUGGGGGGUCAAUGGCACAUUGGAUGCUUCAAGUGUACAACCUGCAGGAAGGUUCUGAGUGGGGAAUACAUCAACAAAGAUGGUGCUCCAUACUGCGAGAGGGACUACCACACUCAGUUUGGGGUGAAGUGUGAGUCCUGCCAGAAGUUCAUAACGGGAAAAGUUCUUGAGGCCGGGGACAGAAACUUUCACCCCAGCUGUGCAAGAUGCAGCCGAUGUGGUGACGUUUUCACAGAAGGAGAAGAAAUGUUUCUUUUGGGUUCGACAAUUUGGCAUCCGCAUUGCAAAGACGCCUGCAGGAACGACGACGUCUUUCGGCCCAACAGGUCGUCCUCUGAGAGCUCCUGCUCAAGGCCGGGCUCAUGCACUCCAGGAAGUCCAGGUCGAACCAUCUGUGCCAAAGUAGACAAUGAGGUCAUUGAUUACCGAGACUUAGCAGCAAUUCCCAGAGUCAAGGCUAUAUUUGAUAUAGAGCAUCCUGACAUGAUAUCUUAUAAGUCAGCGAAUGACAGAUCCGAUACUUUCGACAAAAAGGAAACGAAACAAGACAGACAAAGCCCCGCAGAGUCCCGGGAAAGCAUCUCUAAAGCAGCAGAGGAGAACUUUGAAGCAAAAACAAGAACAAGUAAUGGAUCUUCCCACCAUCAUCACAGCUACACUCCCACCCUGUCCAGAUCACCACAGCACUUCCACCGACCAGUGCUUUCACCUCCUUUACUCCGGGGAAAAAACUCCCCAACUCCUCCUUUAGGUCACCCUUUUCCCUCUAAACCUACAGCAGAUGAAGGCUUCGAUAUGUAUAGAAGACCCCCAAUUUAUAAACAAGAUCCAAGUCCAUCUGUUUCUCAAACAAACUCCCUGCCAAGAUACAGUCACAACUUCCUGAGACUGCCUCAAUCAGCUGAUUUCUGCAGCCGCAACACUCAAGUAUUCAGCUUCAAGCUUCCCCAUGAUGAACUGAUUCCAUUAACACAAAUGGACAGAGGAGUGUCUAUGCCUAAUUUGCUGGAUCCUAAAGUGUACCCAUUCGAAAUGCUCACUGUUGCAAAUCGAGGUCGAGUAAAGCUUCCCAAAGAUGUUGACAGGACAAGACUUGAGCGGCAUCUAUCUCCAGAUUCCUUCUUUGAAAUCUUUGGAAUGAGCAUCCAGGAAUUUGACAGGCUUCCACUUUGGAAACGAAAUGACAUGAAAAGGAAAGCAAACCUCUUCUAGAAGCCGCCUGCUGCUUUUGAUUUUCAGAUCAUUUACGGAUCUAAAAAUAAAACUUUCAUUGUUUUAUGUCUGGCAUAAAUUACUUCUUGAAAUAAGAGAUUUGUUACAAACCUUUUUGGAGAACAGGAGAACUCAACACGAAUGAAGAGAUUUUAGUUUGGAGCAAAACUGUUACAUAUUUUCCUGUAGAGUUUGUGUCAACUUUCUGCCUUUUUAUGGUAUAGACAAGUGAUCCUAUUUGCAGUAGGUAUUUGCCUACCUACAAAAAACUACACAUUGGUACUUUUGUUUUUUAAGCAUUUGUUAAGGAUUUAUGUACAAAUUUGUGUUGUGGUUAGUAAAAACAAUCACACAAGGAGGUUAAAAAUGAAUAAUGAAACACUGGUUUGUCUGUUUUUGUUCCACACUAACCUUCUUUGAUCACCAGUACAAUCUAAUCCUAAUUAUUAAAGACUUAAAUUAACAAAUAAUAAAAAGGUUUUUACUUUAGUGGUUGAAUGUGCAAAUCUGUUGUUUAAUUCUGAGGCACACAAACGCUUUUACAAUCAUAAAUAUUAUUAUAUUUAUGUUUUUUAAAGUUUUAUCCUAAAGCAUUUGUUGUAAAGAUGACUGAUAAUGUAUUUGUUACCCAGCACUGCCAACUCAAGCACCCCAAAUAAAAGCUUGCACUCUUUG